GGAGGAGACAGACAACAAAUGGAAAAAGCGCUAAUUCUUCAUACAUAAGCAAAAGCUUCUCCUGUCGUUUGCAGAAGAUUACGCGUUCUAUCGUCGUCUCGAGCAGAUCAGUCUCGAUUUCUUCUAGGCUAGACGCUUUUGAUCGUGUUUUACAGUUGAGGAUAAGAACAUGUCGAUGCUGGAUUCAUUCUUCAAUAAGGGUUUUAGAGCUGCCAAAUGUAAAACCCUUCUGAAACUUUCAAUUCCACGAAUUAAAUUGCUGAGGAAUCGGAGGGAGAUUCAGAUAAAGCAAAUGCGGAAAGAUAUCGCCAAGCUUCUUGAAACCGGUCAAGAAGCAACUGCCCGUAUCAGGGUAGAGCACAUUAUAAGAGAAGAGAAAAUGAUGGCUGCACAGGAAAUUGUUGAAUUAUUCUGUGAACUUAUCAGUGUUCGUCUUCCUAUUAUUGAAGCACAGAGAGAAUGUCCAUUAGACUUGAAAGAAGCAAUUUCCAGUGUCUGUUUUGCUGCACCGAGAUGCGCAGAUCUUCCAGAAUUGCAGCAGGUUCAAAUGAUGUUUGUUUCCAAAUACGGUAAAGAGUUUGUUGCUGCUGCAACCGAGCUUAUGCCAGAAUGUGGUGUUAACCGCCAGAUUAUAGAAUUGUUAUCGAUUCGUGCUCCUGAACCUGAUGUGAAGUUGAAGCUUCUGAAGGAAAUAGCAGAAGAGUAUGAGGUAGAAUGGGAUCCAGCUGCCUCGGAAACUGAAUUCUUGAAGCCCCAUGAAGAUUUGCUGAAUGGACCGACACAAUUUGUCAGUGGCUCUAAGCUGCCUCUUCCCAAGGAAAAACACGACGAAACAGUGUUUUCCACAAUAGAAAAGGCUCCAAGCAAAAAUUUUGAUUUGGAGGACGUUGGCUUUGAUGAAUUGUGUUUUCCUGAAGUUCCAAAGGCAUCAAUAGUACGGCCAACUGUAGGCAAGCCUUCUGUUCCUGAAAUGCUUCCAUUCCCACAAGCACCAUUUCUUGAUGCUGAUCAAUUGGAUUCUCCUUCGGAGAAAAUGAAAUCGGAAACUAAUGUUGUGGAAGAUAAGCAAUUUCUUCCAUUCAUGUCUCCUCCAUCUCUAUCAUCCUCUUCAUUUCCCACCAAACCUACCGAAUCAGAUCAUCCACCACCACCAACCACAACUACGAAAACAACUACUACGAUUUCAAAGACGAAAAGCAGAAUCGCUGAAACCGCUAUAGAUUUACAGGAUGUGUUGGCUGCUGCACAGGCUGCAGCCGAUUCAGCUGAGCGUGCAGCUGCUGCUGCUCGGUCAGCUGCUAGCCUUGCCCAGGUCAGAAUUAGCGAACUUGUCAAAAGAAGGGAUGAUGACGAUGAAGACGACGAAGAAAAUCCUUUUCAUGUGAAUUCUUCUCCGUCUGGCGAAACAGAUAAUAAUGAUAAAAAGAAGCCAUAUUUGGAUCAUGAGAAUUCUUUGGGAAGUUCGAGUACAGUUUCAGAUUCUUCGAGCCCACAUCUAUAUAACGAGAAUAAUAAGCUGCUGGGACGCAAUGAUUCUAGCCUUCCAUCCUUCGACGACCCUAACCCUAGGGAGGAGUUUAGCUCACUCGAUAACAUUGCUCCUUUUCAUCAUCAUCAGCAACCUCAGAGGGUGAAUUCCAUUGACGAAGAACAGUUCUCUUAUCCAAACUUGUUUGUGUCACCGGGUCCUAAUGUCCACAACCAUCAUUAGCAUUGAGAGUCUCUCAUGUUAUCUCAACUUUGUGUGUUUGUAAUUUGGUACAAGGAAAAGAAGCUGCUGAUAGAUUUUAUUUCAGUUAAGAUAUGUUUUAUUAUGUUUGAAGAAUGCUUA